AUGGCCCGGAGUCGGCCUGUGUCCGGUUGGACGCUAUUCCUCUCUUUAUUUGUCCUGAUCGGGUGCAUUGUUGUCCCCGGCUUGACUGUCAAACACGAAAACUUCAAAACAUGCGCCCAGUCCGGGUUCUGCAAGCGCAAUCGUGCUCUCGCCGAUGACGCCUCCGCACAGGGAACAUCCUGGAGCUCUCCGUACGAGCUUGACUCGUCUACUUUACAGUUCAAGGACGGCCAGUUGACUGGCAUCCUGAUUAAAACCACCAGCGCAAGUGAUAAGCUCCGCCUACCUAUUAUUGUUUCUUUUCUGGCAUCCGGCUCCGCACGCGUCAUCGUCGAUGAAGAAAAACGCAUGAAGGGUGAAAUCGAAAUUCGACACAACAGUAAGGUCAACAAGAAGCGAUAUGAUGAAACUGAGAAAUGGGUUCUUGUGGGUGGCUUGGAAGCCAGCAAGUCGGCUGCGUUGAACGCGGAAGCUGAGGCUGGUUUCACCAAGGUCCAGUAUGGCCCAGGUGACAAGUUCCAGGCCAUCAUACGCCACGCCCCUUUCGAGGUUGAAUUCCAGAGGGAUGGACAGACUCAUGUCCAGCUGAACCACCAAGGUCUGCUGAACAUGGAGCACUGGCGCCCGAAGGUCGAUAAAGAAGGAGACAGCGAAUCCGGUGAAGAUGAAAGUACUUGGUGGGAAGAAAGCUUUGGUGGAAACACUGACUCGAAGCCUCGUGGCCCGGAGAGUGUUGGAAUUGACGUAACCUUCCCCGGUUAUAGUCAUGUCUUUGGAAUUCCCGAGCACGCGGAUUCUCUUUCCCUCCGCGAAACAAGGGGCGGCCCUGGUAACCAUGAGAACCCAUACCGCAUGUACAACUCUGAUGUCUUCGAGUAUGAGCUCAAUAGCCCCAUGACUCUAUAUGGAGCAAUUCCAUUCAUGCAGGCCCACCGCAAGAACUCCACUGUUGGCGUCUUCUGGCUCAAUGCAGCUGAGACCUGGGUUGACAUCGUCAAGAAGCCCGCUUCCUCAAACCCCCUCUCAUUGAGCGGCAGCUCCAAAACCAACACUCAAACUCACUGGUUUUCCGAGGCUGGUCGAAUUGAUCUCUUUGUCUUCCUUGGACCAUCGCCCCAGGAUAUUAGCAAGACAUACGGUCAGCUUACAGGUUAUACUCAAUUGCCCCAACAUUUUGCAAUUGCUUACCACCAGUGUCGCUGGAAUUACAUCACUGAUGAGGAUGUGAAGGAUGUGGAUGCCAAAUUUGACAAGUACCAGAUCCCAUAUGAUGUGAUCUGGCUGGACCUUGAUUACACGGAUGACCGCAAGUACUUCACUUGGGACCCGCUUACAUUCCCCAACCCUAAGGGCAUGCAGGAGAAGUUGGACGAGUCUGAGCGUAAGCUGGUGGUUCUAAUUGACCCGCAUAUCAAGAACAAGGAUGAUUAUUAUGUUUCCAAGGAGCUUAACAGCAAGGGCCUAGCUGUUCAGAAUAAGGACGGUGAUGUAUAUGAUGGUUGGUGCUGGCCAGGCUCUUCACACUGGGUCGAUUGCUUCAAUCCUGCAGCAUUCACUUGGUGGAAUAGUCUUCACAAAUUCGACAAAUUCCAAGGAUCGCUGUCUAACUUGUUUAUUUGGAACGACAUGAACGAGCCGUCUGUUUUCAACGGUCCGGAAACUACCAUGCCUAAGGACAACAUCCACUACGGUAAUUGGGAGCACCGUGAUAUCCAUAAUGUCAACGGUAUCACGCUUGUGAAUGCUACAUACCAGGCAUUGUUGGAGCGCAAGAAGGGCGAGGUCCGCCGACCGUUUAUUCUGACCCGCUCAUACUAUGCAGGUGCCCAACGCAUGUCCGCCAUGUGGACCGGAGACAACCAGGCCACAUGGGAUCACUUAGCUAUAUCUUUGCCAAUGGUUCUCACCAACGGCAUUGCCGGGUUUCCUUUCGCCGGUGCUGAUGUUGGUGGCUUCUUCCACAACCCAGACAAAGAGCUGCUGUCGCGAUGGUACCAAGCUGGAAUUUGGUACCCUUUCUUCCGUGCUCAUGCUCAUAUUGAUACUCGACGCCGUGAACCUUACUUGAUCAGUGAGCCCCACCGAACUAUUAUCUCUCAGGCUAUCCGCCUGAGGUAUCAGCUUCUGCCAGCUUGGUACACUGCAUUCCACGAGGCCUCGAUCAAUGGCACGCCAAUCGUGCGUCCUCAGUACUACGAGUUCCCCGAUGAUGAGCAGGGCUUUGCUAUCGAUGACCAGCUGUAUCUUGGUAAUACCGGUCUCCUAGCCAAGCCCGUGGUGACUGAGAAUACACUCACCACUGAUAUCUAUAUCUCCGAUGGUGAGAAGUAUUAUGACUACUUCGAUUAUACCGUCUACCAGGGCGCAGGCAAGAAGCAUACCGUACCUGCUCCCGAGGAUAAGAUUCCCCUCCUGAUCCAAGGCGGCCAUGUUAUCCCUCGCAGGGACCGCCCUCGCCGCAGCAGCGCUCUUAUGCGCUGGGAUCCAUACACUCUCAUUUUGACUCUCAAUAAAAACGGAGAAGCCGAUGGCACCCUCUACGUUGAUGACGGCGAGACGUUCGACUAUGAACGCGGCGGCUACAUUCACCGUCAAUUCCAGUUCCGUGACUCUAUCCUCUCAUCUGAGGACCUUGUAGCCAAGGGACCUAAGACGGCCGAAUACUUGAAGACAAUGGCCGGCGUGACGGUGGAGCGCGUUGUAGUGGUUGACCCACCCAAGGCUUGGAAGGAUAAGAGCACAGUUACCGUCAUCGAAGAUGGCGCAAAGGCUGCCUCCACCUCCUCGCUCGAGUAUUUUGAGCAACAGGGUAACAAGGCAUCGUACGCUGUUGUCAAGAGCCCGAAUGUUGGCAUUGGAAAGUCGUGGCGGAUAGAAUUCUGA